GAGCAUCAGAGGUGUCACAUCUACAGUGUCAGUGUAAUAGUCCACAAAAUGCAGUGUCUGCUUUUGACUGGCAUUUGUUUAAGUAACCAUGGAACUCUCGCAUGAUACACUCCUUACAGGCAACACUUCUCUUCAACAACACGGUACAUUUAUCGUCACAUCGCCAGAAAAGAAACACAUACACACACUAUAUUACACACCCCAACCCCAGACUCACCUACACUUCCUGUGCAUGCUGUGUCCCUCUGCUGUCAGGCCUCACACACUGAAAAACACUCACCCAGCCACCAAACACCACCCCUCUGCACUGCACCUCACCUCCUCCCUCCUCUCUGCUGUGCAUUUCUCGGUUGUUCCAGUGUCAGCUAACGACGCUCAAACAGUCAUGCUUCCCUGCUCCAGUCCCGUUCCACAAACUUAUAAUCUUACGGCUAACAAUGACACCAGUAUUUACAGUAGAGCCAUGUUUCUGAACAGUGCUACACUGACACGCGCUAUGACUGUACGCCUGGUGCUGGAGCUUAGCCUCCCCUAAGGCUGAUGUAGUAACAAGUAUUGAUCUAGCUUUUUAGAUAUUUUCAUUUCAAUUUAAAAAUUCAAAACCACCACUUGAGGCAUUUUAAGUCGAUAGAAAAUGAUCAGAAGUAAGAUAUUUAUUUUCUACCCUUUGUUUGAAAGUUUUUGAACAUUUUUUGGGGAGAGAAUCGGUUUCAUAAGUAUUCACUUAUCAGUAUUGUAUGUCAAACUGCAGUGUGUUAAUAAUUCAGCGGUUUUGAGUCUUACCUACUGCGCGCACUACCCCUGGUUACCAGAAAACAGAGUUGCCCCAGUAACUAUCUGCAGGCUUGACGACACACAUGUAAAAUACACAGAUCAUAGUACACAAGACACUAAGUGAUUAUCAUUCAAGUCACUUGGAUGAUUAAUGUAUUUGAGUUUUGACAGGCAUAUAUGAGACUUUACUGCGGAGCUAAUCAGUGUGACAAACAGCAGAGUAAGGUUGUCUUUAUCUGCCUUUCUGUGUACAGUAUGUGUAAUCGUGCUGACUGUAUUUAACCAGAUACUAAUCAGUUGUGAGAAACUCUGAACUCUUUAUCUCUUUGGUCUUUGCUUUUCAGGAAGGAGAGGCGGCCUGCUGGGUGUCCUGAUGUGGACCGGCUGAACAGAGGAGAAAACAACAACAAAAACAGCUGUCCUUCCCUGUGAGGAUCAAACUAUGGUCGGACAAUGAUCGUGGACUCCCCGGGGACUUGGGAAAGGGUCACUGGUGGUGCUCUGUGUGUGCAGAGGUUCUUGGAGGAGUGUUGCAUAUCCUCCACAACAAUCCGUGUCAUCUGGAGAUAUGUGUUGACUCCUGGCCUACAUUCACUACUGCCAUUUGUUACCGUCAAAAACAGCAUUUCAGCAGCAGCAAGAGCAGCAGCAUCUCCGGGAUGAUUCCUGACAUCUGCACCGUCUUCACCAAGAUCCCAGAAACUCUACGAAGUCUGCUGCUUAAUGAGAGAGUCGUAAACUGGAGGAGCGGACUCAUAUUCAGAGGUAUUCCUAACUCACACUGCCAUCUCAUCAAAGAGCUCGCCUCUCUCGGUGGGCUUGAUAUCACAGAAUAUGGGGGUUAUAACACCUUCAUCUACAGCAGCCUGCAGAAUAGGCACAGGCAAGAGAAGGUGUUGCUGCUGCCAAUUUCCACUCUGGACGAAUCCCACGCGGAGCUCGUUGACACACACUUGCCUUACGGAGGCAGCCAGGAGAGCCUCAACCACGUGAGAGCCUGUAUCCGCCAUCUGCCAAACCACUGUGUGACGGAUGAGACGGGCCGGCCUGUGUCCUGGAUGCUGUCUGAUGAGCUGUGUGAGCUGAGGAUGGCUUACACCCUACCAGAGUACAGACGGGCCGGUCACCUCCUGGCUCUGUCUCAGGCUCUGAUCCGCAGGAUGGGCUCUGCGGGUUUACCCGUCUACUGCCACGUCAACCAACAGAACCAGGCCACCAUUAACGCUGUGACCUCACUCGGCUUCUCUACGUGUCCCAGUAUGGAGGAGAUCUCAGUGCUGCUAAUAUUACUCAGGGGAUGCAGCGCUUUAGAGAGUUUAGUCCAUUUCUGACAGCGAACUGCAAGUAGAACAAACUCAAAAAUAACAUUUUCUGUGGCUUAAGGGUGGAUGUGAUGAAUACGCCAGCCGUGCUCCUUUUUACUCUGUAAAAAUGUCCUUCAUUGUGAAAUAAUGCUGUUCGGACAAUACAAGACUUCAGUUUGACUCUGCGGAGCGUGCCGAGGUAAAGACCCCCUUCAUCUGCAGAUCACCCAAAGAGGCUCUCGUCCACCUGGGACCCCUCCCCGGAGGUGAGCUGAUCCACUGCUGAUUGCCUCUCUGUGUUUUAGCAGCAAUGCACCAUUCAAGUCUGCAGGCAGGCAACUUGACAAAUGAGCAGCGAUCUGAGCAGAGGGGAUGCUCGUACUGCACCACACACUCCUGUCCCAUCCACAUCCCCCCCGUCCCGCAGUGGUGCACCUCUUUUAACUGACACCCUUUCCUCGCUUUAAAGUGCUCUUCUCAAAGUCACACAAGUAGAGUACACGCUAAGUACAUGCUUACUAAUGUGUGUGCAUCCAAAGACGUGGCUAGAAGAGUGAGUUAAUAUGAGCCUGUAUAUUUCUAGUGCUGCUUCUUUAUAGAAAUGUUGAUCUGUGUUUUAAUCAAGUUGCACAAAUUACCAUAUCCUUUUAAUACUUCAUAUAAUUAGUGAGUGUUUCAUGUUUGGUUUGGAAUAUUAUUAAUCAUCUUAAAGUAAACUUGUAAAUAGAGCUAAAACAAGUCAAGUCAGGUUUAUUCAUACAGCAUAUUAAAAAACAACAAAUGUUGACCAAAGUGCUUUACAACGAGAUUAAAUUAAGCAGAAAACUGUCAUAAAUAAGACAAUAUGAGUAAAUAAAUAAAAGAGUAAAAUAUCUUGAUUAAAUUGUAAUGCAAACAGAAUUGGACAAAAACAAAAUGCAAUACAAGCAAAUGAAAACAAUUUAAUUGGCAACCAUUUUGAUAAUCAUUCAUUUAAAUCACCUUUAAAGCAAAAAAGCAAAGCAUUUGCUUGUUCCAGCUUCUCCAACGUGAGGAUUUGCUGCUUUUCUCUGAUUUUAUAUCACCGUAAAUUGAAUAUAUUUUUCAAUUGGACUGUUAGUUUGACAAAAAUUUAACAUCUGAAUUUGUCACCUUUGGUUCUGUAAAACUGUGACAGGCAUUUUUAAUUAUUUUAUUAAAUUGUAUAGACUAAAUCAGUGAUUCCCAACCAUUUUCCUUAAGGGACCCUUUCCUUUUAUUGAGUAACUUAUGACCUCUGACUAAGUGACAUAUUUUGUGGAUAUUUCAUAUCAUAUUUAAUGCAUAACGACAACAGCACAGAACAACUGAUAAACUGUACAAUAAGCCCAGAUGGUGAAAACAAUUACUGCAGAAAGUUUGUGAAUUAAUUUUGAGCAGAUUAUUUUCCUGUGAUUAUUACAUUGGAGAAGAGUUUUCCUGAUAUUGUUAGGAACGUCUUUAUACGGUUAUGUUUUUUUGUUUGUUUUUAAAAAAAAUCAUACAUACUUAUAGGCUUCUUUUUUUCACAUAUUCAUUUUUCUUUUUUUCUCCCUGACUCUCGGCCAUUGUUCUAUCAGCUCUUUGUUUGUUAUAGCUGAAUAGUUUUCUAAAGCAAGACGAGCCUGUUAAGCACAGAGUGAAGGUUCUGUGAAUAUAGCUUGUGUUCAGGUCUUCACUAUGUCCUUACCCUGAGAGACUCUGUAAUAAGUUCAUAUCUUUAAUAAUAAUCUAACUUUUAAGAAUGAAAUGAAGUAAAUGCUGAGACAUAAGACUUAUCUAUCUAUCUAUCUAUCUAUCUAUCUAUCUAUAAAUUUUUUCUUACACCAGCUGUCAAACCUUAGCGACCCCUAGAGAGGUCGGGACCCCCAGGUUGGGAACCAGUGGACUAAAAUGAUUAAGCAGUUAAUUGAGAAAAUAGUUUAAUUAUAGAGCUUAAUCGAUACAGCAAAUGAUGGUUAGCUGCAGCACCAGGUGUAAAUUCAGUGCACUAGACUGAAGAUUAACAUUUUGUGUAAAGGUUAAAAAAUAAAUACAGGUCAGUAUCGUAGGAGUGAAUGAUUUUCUACACUCCUUUGUCCGUGUGCUCUACUCUAACUGAGGAUUAUUUUUAUAACUGAUUUCUGCUUUACCAAGCUGGACUGCACAGGUCUUAUAUUGCAAGCCGUCUACUGAAAUAUGAGAUGUCUCCUCACCUACAGCUUGAAUCUAUUUGAGUGCCCAACCUCCAAUACAGUCAAAGAGGUGUAGGACGAUAAAAAAAAAAAAAACAGCAUCAGGAGGGGUUUAUGCAGGCUGCAUCAGUUGCAGAUCUUUACUCAUCCCAAUGCAGAUUCGUGAGUCAGCUAAGAGGCAGAAAAAAAACUGAGAACAUGAAGUACCUGACGGCUGAACUAGUUCUGUGGCUUCAUCAGUAUGUUGCCUGCAACUGCAACCAUCACUUGAGGACAGCAUCCACCCACUGGUCCUCCUCAGAAACUGCAUCUCAGAUCAAGUGAGGAGCCGAGUGUCUGACGCAGCAUGCGAUCAUUCACCUUGGCUGCAAGUGCUGCUCGGACUUGCCUUGGUGCUGCUGUCCACACAUAACCCCCACCGACACCCUCCACCUCCUACCCCCCCAUAGAGGCAGUGCACUCUGCCAGCCGUGGAGUGGGACGUACUAUCGAUCCUGCUGAAAUGAUGGUUUCUAAAAGGGAGGCAGUAAGCAUGUCUGCGCUCCCCUCCUCCACUGUGGAGGGGCCCUGAGAUAUCACCAAGCUCAGCACAUUGCACCAUCACCGCAUGGGAAAAUGGGAUUUUCACUGGGAGACGAGCUGAUGGGAAGGUAAUUUAAGCCGCCGAGCUAUGUUCCCCACCAAGGAUGUAAAACGAGCCAUAUUACCUUCAGACGCCUCGCACAGUGGACAAAUAAGGUCAUUUUAAAUGUCCUAUUAAUUCCAGUCCUUGUCACGGAGAAAUCAGAUGCCAAACGGGGGGGAAAAUCUGCAUGAGUGCUGAAGUUAAGAAGGAAGUGAGGAGAGGGAGGAUGUUCAUUCAGUAGGCACCCAUUCAUCUUUGCAGCUUUUAACACUUGUUCAGGAUGAGCACGUGUGCCGUCAUGCGCCUCAUGUAUUGUAUCACUCUGUAAGCACUGUUAUUCUGAAUGAGUGAUAAAUGAAUGAAGUGCAGCUUUAUGCAGACAGUUAAUAACCUAGUGUGAGGCUCUGAACCUCAGGCAGGAGGUGUCUGAUCCAGAGGAGCCACUAGAUGGCAACAUUGUCCUAACAUUUACCAACACUCAGGUGAAAUUUGGUGCAUGUGUAUGCAGUGACUCACACAGGGCUGCAGAUUUAGAGGAAAUUCUGAGCAGCCUUUUAUAGUUGUGAGUGCCUGCUACACAAAAUAACACUAAAUAGGAGCUGACAAUUAUUCGUUACAGGGAAAAAAUGACUGUGCUUGUUUCCAUUUCCUUUUAUGAAUGAACUGUAUUGCUGUAAAGGAGCUCCUGUUACUGAUGACAUUUGCUUGGAAGAUGAGGAGUGACUGCAUCAGUCGUCCUGCUCAUGAAGGUCACGCGUGCAGGCUGCAUCAUCCUUGUCAGUCCAAAUCUCCUGUCAGUCACCAUACUCGACAUUCCCCUGGGGUCACUGUGUCAGUCAGCGGAGUGUGAUUUUGACUUGCUGAGCAGCAGUGACUGACGUUUAGGAUCUCCACUCGUCUUAACGUCAUUUUCUGCUUUUUUGAAACCGUGUCAGCGAGGGACUGCACGGCCUGAAGGUCAAGUGUAACAGCAAAGUGUCCCAUUGUGUCAGUGUGUGAGCAAUCAUGGUUCACUGGUGCUGUCGAUAAUGUCAUGCCCCAGCUGAAGCUGGUCAUGUAGGGUGUGUGUGUUUGUCAGGAAACCAGACAUAUCUAUGAGCUCAUGUUUUGUUUGUGUGCGUCUGAUCCCUCUCUAGUGUUGUGUCAUUUGUGAAUGUGUCUUUCAAAAGAGUGAAUCUUUUGAGCAAAGGAGCUGAACUUCCAGAGAGUCCGCCAUGUUGUUCUACCGUAGCCCAGAACAAACAAACCUAACCCUGGCCAUUGUAGGUCACUAAAUCCUACACACUAGACCUCACAGAAUAACCACAAAACAAAUUCAUGCUACAGAAAUGAAAACCUGAUACAACAAGAAUCUUAAAGUGCGAUCUGAGAGAGCAACAACCCACCAUGGAGGUUUGUCUCAGUGUGUCUCAGUCUCUGUGUCUUCACGGCUCAGUGUGGGUUCGUCCUUGUGUAUGACUUGUUCAUCGGCUCAGUGUCUGUGCUUUGUGCUACUGGGUUAGCUCAGUGAACAACAAUCUCUCAAUGAGUGGCAGCUCUCGCUUGUUCUUCACCUCAGUGCAUGUGUGCCCAUGAACGACUAGUUCUUCAGCUGAAGUGGAGUCUGAACGAGAGUCUGGAGCAGCGUCUCUUAGGAGUUUACCUGGCUCUUAAGCACGACUGCACACGCACUAUACACAAGCAGGAUUUUAGA